ACUAUAAAUAUUGUAAGCUUGUUGGUUGCAAUCACAGUUGAAAAACAGAGCUUUGCCGGGAACAGGUCGUUAAAUCUUUAAAAAUGACAAAGACAUUUGCUGUGCUUUCAGUGCUGGCUCUUUUAGCAUCCUCUACUUAUGCCGGACCUGUGGGAAUCGAUUUGUUUCUUCCAAGAGGAAAAUUUCCAUGUCCGAGGGUGACCUCUCUACUGCCGACUCUAUCGGCUAUGGCUACUAUGCGGCUCCCAUUCCAGCUUACGCUGUAUACGGAGGGGGAUAUAAGUACGGAGGAUACAGCGGCUACGGUAGAUAUCGCACCUACGGAACUUACUAUCGUCCACCAAUUUAUCCAGUCUGGGGCUAAGGCUAAUCCCACUCUACUCUAUGAACACCACCCUUAAAUGAACACUAGCGGCUUGACCGCUAUUGUAACCAAAGAAAUUGUGUAAACGUACCAAAAAUACUGGCAUUUGGGAUGAAGUUUUUGACCCCAGAAACAAUUAACACCGCCCCGGCAUAAUCGCAAUAAAAGCAAAACAUC